UGCGGAGGAUGGUCCCGGGCGGCGGCGGCACGUGGGGGUGACAGCGCGCGCCGGGAGCGCGGAGGGCGAGCGGGCCGGGUGGACGUCAGUCAUCCGCCGGGCCGCCGGGCGAGCGGGAUGGAAGCGGAAGGCUUGGGUUGGCUUCUGGUCCCGCUGCACCAGCUGGUUUCCUGGGGCGCAGCCGGGGCCAUGGUCUUCGGAGGCGUGGUGCCAUACAUCCCGCAGUACCGGGACAUCCGGCGGACUCAGAACGCCGAGGGCUUCUCCACCUACGUGUGUCUGGUGCUCCUGGUGGCCAAUAUCUUACGGAUACUCUUCUGGUUCGGGAGGCGCUUUGAGUCGCCACUGCUCUGGCAGAGUGUCGUCAUGAUCCUGACCAUGCUGCUUAUGCUGAAGCUCUGUACCGAGGUCCGCGUGGCCAACGAGCUGAACCUGAAACGCCGGGUCUUUUCAGACUUCGACCCGCACUACUUCUGGCACUGGAGCAGCUUUGCGGACUAUGUGCAGUGUGUCCUGGCCUUCACUGGCGUGGCGGGCUACAUCACCUACCUGUCCAUUGACUCGGCCCUUUUUGUGGAGACCCUGGGCUUCCUGGCCGUGCUGACCGAGGCCAUGCUGGGUGUGCCGCAGCUCUACCGCAACCACCGCCACCAGUCCACGGAGGGCAUGAGCAUCAAGAUGGUCUUCAUGUGGACGAGUGGAGACACCUUCAAGACGGCCUACUUCCUGCUGAACGGGGCGCCCCUGCAGUUCUCGGUGUGUGGGCUGCUGCAGGUGCUGGUGGACCUGGCCAUCCUGGGGCAGGCCUACGUGUUCACCCGCCACCCACUGAAGCCAGCCCCCCACGCGGCCCACCCCACCAGCGCAAAGGCUCUCUGAGGCAGCCGGGAGGAUGAGCACGCGGGACCGAAGCUUCUGGCCCGACCACCUGUGCUCCACGUGGGCAGCGGAGGCCACAGCCCCGAGAUGGGUCUGGCUGUGGGGGACUCGCCUGGCCUCCAGCUCUUGGGCAUGGCAGGGUCUGGGGGCCAACGGCUGCACUCUGUCGCCCAGGACUCCACCAGCGGGACUCCCUAGGCGGGGCUGCCGUGCUCUCAAACUGACAGAAAAUAGGCCUCUUUUCCACUUCAGCUCAGGACACCACUGGCCAGAGCCUGGGGCAAGCUCACAGCCCCGGGGGCAGUCCUGCACCCCGUGGGACCCAGGACCUCCGGGAACCUCCAUGUCUCGGGCCCCGGGCCCCUGACGUGGCGGGUGGGGGGGCCUGCAGCCAGGCUGGGGGUUUCAGGAUGGGCAAGACGCAGCAGGAGUGAGAAACAGCACCAGGGAGCCUAGGUCCCCACCUGAGGGGCCCGCGGUCUCAGGCCAGCCGGGAUGAUGCACCGCAGGGUCAGGCUGGGCCAUGUGGGAUGCCAGGCUCCGAAUUCCUAACCCAGGGCAGCACCUUUCCAGGCCCUAGUGGCCUCGCUGCUCCACUGGCUCCUCCUGGUGAGGCUGCUGUGGACCCAAUCACGUCCGGCAGAGCUGUGGCCUGCAUGGGCCCGGGGUGUUGGGAGGGGGCCUGGGAGCUGGUGGGCCUGGGGUGUGCCCGGGAAGGCUGGGGGCCCAAGUCCAGGACUGGGCUGCCCCAGGCAUCCAUUCCCUCUGGGAACUGUGCCCUUUUCAGAUGUAGCCCAAGGCAUCCGUCUUCCAGGCCUGGAGGCACCUGCGGGUCAGGGCAGGGGGUGGCGGAGCAGGCUUCCCCACACUGCCCCCAUCUUCUGCGCGGCCCUCCGUGUCCCCUGUGUCUGACAUUGGCUCUCUUCAGUCUACAUGGGCACCUCAGUCUCCUGGGCGAGUGUUCUAGAUACUUCUGCAGGCUUCCCUCAGGCACUUCCCCUCCUGCUGGGCAGAGGGCCUGUGGCGUCCAUGCUCCCCGGGCCACUGCCAGAGUGCCCGUGUUCAUGUGGUCAGUGGAAUGCGUGCGAAGCCAUCUCCUCCUCCUGACUUUUCCUCAAAAGCUCCUGAAUGUUUGAGGAUCCCGUGCAGAUCUCUGACCUGCAAGAUGCUCUGAAAAUCUUUAUUUUUUAAAAUGAAGGGAGAUGUCUGUCGCCGGGUGCAGUGGUGCCCUGUGUGCCCCGUGUGGGAGCCCCACAGUCCUGUCAGGGUGACUUUAACUCAAUAAACUGCUCGCGGAUCCAGUGUA